GAUUCCCACCAAUCUUUGACAGUUUUUCAGCUAGUCAAUCCCAGUUGACACAGCAGGGAGGGGCAGGUGAAAUCCCACCCCACUAAACUGAAAAGCUCCUGUAGAUCGCGCUACUGUAGAUGUUGAUAAUGGUAAAAAAUGGCGUCAGGAUCCUUGUAGAGGGAAGUUUUGUCUGACUAUUUUGUACACCAUUUCUCGCGUAUUCUGAAUACACAAUUGCCUUGUGGAACCGCAAUAAAGUAAUUGGAACCAGAAUUAACGACAACGCUCCAUAAAGCCACUGUCAGGCAUUUCAUUUCCAAUGACUCUUCAAUACUACAUGAUAUUGAAGAUAAGGUGACAUAUUACUGGUAUGGAGCACUCCUGGUAUUACAAUCGUCUGAGCAAUGCUUCAGCUACUUUUCCGCCAGGAAGCGGAGCAAAUGCAAGUGAUUACCACCAGCAAUUGGCUGGACAUCCUUCAGAAGGGAAUGCAGGUGCUUCUCCUGCAUCUGCAUCCCAACUCCUUCAAUUUAACUCAGGGUUUUUACCUCCAAACCCUUAUCCCUUCUACAAUAUUCCUCCGGCCUCUAAGACAGGGCCAUAUGCAGCUGUCGGACAGACCCGGUCUUUGGCUUCAACCUCUAAGCCAACCUCUGAGGGCAGGGAAAACUACAACCCAGCUCAUCAUCAGUCAAGUGUGUCAAGUACCACAUACUUUGAUCACCAAAACACAGCUCCAGCUGCUGGCUCGAUUGAUUGGUCCCAUCAUAACCCUCAUUUAGCCACUCAAGGGGCAUUUGGUGUUCUACCCCAUGAGAGCAUCUCAUCCUCAUCUACCUCUCCAAAGACUGGAUCUACUGACUAUCCCUUUAAUAGCUACUCAUCUCAUAAUGCAGGUCACUUAACACCUGCUGACUAUAAAAACUCGGGUAAUUAUCCUGAAGGAAAGAAAGCAACCCGGUCGCAGUCACCAGUUUCUUCCACCAAAACUGGAUUUGCUUCCUAUCCCGGAAGCUCCGCCAAUUUGUCAAACUAUUCUGCCCAUGAAUCCAACAAUCGGACUGGUUAUUCUUCUACUGACAAGUUUAUUGGUAGUGCUCCUAUUCAUCAGCAACAGUCACAAUCCUCAAAAGAUUUUGAAGCUCUGCAAUCAUCAAGGACGGCAAAUUCAAACCCUUAUCAGGAGACUAACAUCAGCCGUGAAAAAGAAGGAAGCUCAAGAUCUCCAAGUUUCAGCUCUCCAAGUAUUAAAAUGUCUCAUCCAACCAAAGCACAAUCAAAACUUUAUCCAGAUGUACCAAACUCUUCUGCAUCCAGUCCAGGUGCAGAAGUUACUCGAAAUAGUGAGCACAACUCUAGUUCGUCCCAAAGGUAUGCAUCUGAUACUAAGCAAGCUUCCGGGCCAACUCAGCAUGUUCCAGGAACAGCAAGCUUUUAUGACUCAUUGAAUUUCCCUUAUCACUAUCCCUUACCUGAUGCAGCAACUUUCAACCGCAUGAAGUCUAUUUCAAGUGAGCUUUACCUUGCCUCUCAAGCUGGUGGUUCAGACUGUGGAAAAAAAACUAGUACCCAAGUGUCACAGCCUCCAGCAGGUGCAGUAGAGCAUGUAACUAGGCCAUCAUAUGCCAUGUACAACAGUGCUGUGACGUCCUUGCCAUCCACAUCACCACAUCAGCAUGAGAGAUCAACCUCAUGCAACCAAAACAGUAGCAGUGCUAAUUCCUAUAAACCUGCGGCUCCAACAAAUUCAGGAGAUGCUACAGUAAGGAUGGAAAGUGUGCAACAUCAGAAUGUUGCUUAUCCUUCUGUGAUAACAAGAGCUGUUACAACACCUGAAACAGUAUCAAAACCAAAUGUAUACAGUGAUACUAGACUCUAUGAUCGGAUUCAGGACCCAACAUCAUUUUCCAAGCAAUGCUGGGAAACAGGAUCAGAAAAACUGUCAGCUGCGUCUCAAUCACCUGACUCCAGCUCACAUCAAAAGAAAUACCACUCUACUCCAGUGCCGACUUAUGACUCCAGCAGCACAGAUAUGACUUCAAAUGUGCGCCAGCAAACCUCAAGAAGCUCUGUAAGUGCCACAGAGAAACAGAAUUCGUAUUAUGACAGCAAUUCAGCUCAUCAAACAGCACUUCAAAAUCUGAGCAGCUAUCGUGAUGACCCAAUGUCAAUUAUCAAGGACUUACAGCAGCAAAACUAUCAGUCUCUACAAAAUAUUGAUAGCUCUAAACCUGGAGAAAAAUUGUCGGUCGAUCAGUCUGCAAACAGUAAUGUAAAGAGGAAAAAACGUGUCGAUAAACAUGUUCAGAAUAAUGAAAAUAGUGACUUCUACAACAACCGAGUUCCACCUCCAGCUCACAAUAAUGCGACCUUUCAACAACAACAAAGUGGGAGCUAUUUUCCUAAUUUUUCACCGCCAUCUACCUCAAGAUCUUAUCCUGUUCCUCAAGUUCCGAUGCAUUAUGCUCCUCACUCCCUGGUUGGCCAGCAUCAAGGAAUCUACCCCCCAUCAUUUUUUCCUCCCUUCCAGCUGCCGGGACAAAGCUCUACGCCCACCCCCAGCACAUCUUCUUCCUCCCCAAGUGUGUCUAGCACUGCCCCACAGUCACCUGCUGCAAUGCAGCAGUCAACCUCAAGUAGUGUCUCUGAAAAAAGUUAUCCGGAUGACUUUGUCCCGGCUCCAAACAGGACCUCAAGUCAGACGCAACCGCAACAGACUCCCCCUGUUGAAGUUACUCCAAAAGUAAUUGUACCAAAUGUUGAAGAAGAAUUAAGUUUCCUUCAAGAUGCUGGCCCAGUUACAAUGAUAAAAUCUGAGGAUGAAAGGAAAAAGAUUGCCACCUCCGGCUUUGAAGCAAGUUUCCUGAAGUUCUUGCAAGGGGAAAGAGAAUCUUCUCCUCCUCCUCAAAACCGUAGUCGUAAAAGUUCAUAUGUGAAAGCUAAUCGAAAUGAACUCGCUAAGCAAUCUAAACCAGAUGCAACUACUUCUACUUUAACUAAUGGAGGUUCAGGAAAAACAGCCGUUAUUCCUACCUCACCAGUAAUGAUGUCUAACACAGCUAAAGAUAAGACAAAAGCUGCUUAUGAUCCAAAAGAUGAUCCUCGGUAUUUUCCUCUUCCAAAGACUGAUGCUGAAAGGGAAGUGAGUUCGGACUCUGAUUCAGAUGAUGGUUCAUUUAGUACUACACCAGUGAAAAAUGUAGGUUCUAAGUCACAAGAUCGUAAACCUGUAGCAGCAGUAGCUCCUCGGACUGCUUCUAGCAAACAAGUUGCUAAGGCAACUGCAGUGACCACCACCCAGCCAGGAAAGAGAGGAAGAAAAAGAAAGUCUGAAGCUAUUUCAGUACCCAGAAGGGAAACUUCUAAGCGUAAAGCAAAAGAAAAGGGGAGUAUACUCCUAGACGAUGGAGAGGACGAAUAUUCUGGCAGAACCAAAGAAGGGACAGACUCAGAUUCAGAUCCUGCUUGGACUCCCAUGCAUAACAAGCCAAAGAAUCAGAAUCUUGACUCAUCUGAAGAAGACAACUCAAAGAAGAAAAGUCACAAGAAAGGCACUAAGCUCAGUGGACAAGGACGUAAACGAUCUAAAUACUCUCGUAGUGAUGACGAUGCUGCAAGCACUGAUGAUGAGAAAUCCAAGAAACAUUCUAUAUCCACAGGAUUGAAAGGCAGAAGACGCUCUUCAAAUAUACAAGGAAUCAGCGGGAACAGUAAUUCUGCCAAGUCAGAAGAUGAUAAUGAGGCUGAUGGAGAUGCAGAAAUGUAUCCUUUUAAGAUUGGGGAAUUCAUUGUGAUGAAAACAGAUUUAAAUGAAAAAUGGCCACCAAUAUGGAGAGUAGAUGGAAAAACACUUCUUCAGAAGUUUGAACCAUUUGAACAGAAAGGUGCAAUGCUUUAUCGUAACAUUUCAACUUAUUCUGGGUGGUCUCCCCAAAAUGGGCACAUCUAUAAGUCUGCUGAAGUUGUUUUCAAAGUUCAAACACGGUCAGAAACUGUGGUAGAAUUCCUUCGGGAUGAGAUGGCUGAUGAUGAUGAUGAUGUCUUGGUAGAAUUUGUUAAAGAAACAGCAAAGUAUCAAGAAAACUUUGAAGUUUACAUUCAAACACUCAUCUCUCAGGCACUAGAUUCCAACUUUUUGACUGAAAUCUUCCAAGAAAAAGAUGAGUACUUUCUCAGCAAUGUAAAGACAGUAGAUAAUAUUGUAGAUGAUAGGAGGAAACGUUUCUUGCAAGUUGUUAAAUGGAGACCUGAGCUGGAGGCAAGCAUUGCUACAUGGCCCUGCUAUAAUGUCAUUUAUGAAAUGGUUAAAGAUGAACCUUUAAAAAAAUGUGCCGCCUGUGAUAAAGCAAAUGUCUUUGCAAGAGUCCUUUUGUAUGGGCAACCUUACAACUCAACAACAUUAGAGGGAUGUCAACCAGAUCCUAGAUUAGCAAGUGAAAAAGACUUUCUAACAUGCAGACUAUGCCUGAAGCGAAUUGAACUGUAUAAUAAAGUUGCUCACCAGAAGUACCUGAUGUAUAUUGAAUGUGCCAAGCGUGUUAACGAAAGAAAACUAGCAUAUGGUUUUAAUGACACUACUCUUAUAUUAAAUAAACUUUUAGCAGAUGAAAAUUGGCUAAAUCAGCUAUUCCGCAGUGUAAGGAUAUCUUGGGCUCAAAUGGACCGCCUAGAGCACUCUUUGUCCAAGAACUGAUAAGGUGUUUUCUGUCACACCUAUUUUCAAUUGCGUCUCUAUAAUUCUGAGCAUGGAGGGUUAUCUUUAGACUGCUUUGUUCUGUGCAAGAUAUGUCAAAUAGGAAAGACUGGACUAUAAGAGUUCUAUAGUUCUACCUUUAUUUUCAAUGCUCUUGUUAUUUUUCUAAAGUGUUACCCUUACUAAUUUUAGGGCAAGAUUUCAUCUGCUGUAUUUUGCAUUUAAACUGGUGCUGUUCACAUCUUGUUGGUAAAACAAAUUUCACAUUAGAUACAUCAUGUAAUGUGAAUGUAUGAUCAAUGUGUUUAGUUUUAUGAAAAUGAACAGUGAUUCCUGUCUUGAAAUCUGCUUAUGUGUGAUUUAUUAACUGGCAAAAUUGAUGCCUUAAACACAAUCUAAGUCUAAGGAUCAAGUCAAUAGUUGUUUAAUGUAGCUAUUGAGUUUUUUUUGAGUAAACAUUUUUGUUCCAAUUUCUACAGAUAUUUCUUAUCACUAUGGUAGUUGUGAAAUACCAUUCAUCACUAAUUUGUUGCUUUUGCGAUUUGUGAUUCACUUUUUUAUAAAGUUUCUUUACCACACUUAAGGAGCUGGUCAAUUCUGAUUUUUUUUUUUCAUUAAGUAUUUGACACCAUUUUUGUAAAUCCAGAACUGGAGAAAUUUUAUUUGUCUGAAUUGUUGUUUUAAUGGAAAUCUACUUCAAUUUUCUAUGUGUUUUACUAUGGGUUUUAAAUUUUAAAUAUUGAAAGUCAUUGGACUGUGAGCAAUGAGUACCAAUAUGUAUCAUUGGAAGCCUUUUGUAUUGUAGAAUUGAGACACCUUUCUGUUUUGUUGCUCUUUUUCAUAGCUAAGGCCACUUGUCUUGCUUCUUGAAGAACUCAGCCGUAUUGAGUCUACGCAACUAUGGAGGAAGAUACGCAUUGACAGUUGUCAUGUAUAGUUCUUAACUGAAAUGGCAGGAUUAGUUUCUUUAGAGUGCCCCAACGUAGAGGCCGUAUUCAAACUAGUUACUAUGCCUCAUUGUUGGGUUAUUUACUGUACUUUCAGUGUUAUUCCAUAAAUGUUGUCGAGUGUACUGGGAUGUGUUUGUUAUCUGUUUACUUGCUUCCCACAAAUGCUGUGAUCCAUUCAUUGUUUUUGUUAGAAGCCAGUAAAUUACUAUUUUGCAUGAUGUGAUAUGUUGAAGGGUGAGUAAAGCAGACUUUUUUGCUGUGUUUGUGAUAUUCUCUGAUCAUAAGAGCAUGCACCUUGGGAGCAUGUUAUGACUCUAGCUUUGUAUUUUGUAGUCCCCAUUAAUGCAUGGGCAUGGACUAAUUCUUUCGUUUUCAAUUUUCUUAUCCGAGUUUAGUGAUUGGCUGUUCUGUCCUAGAAAGAAAUAUCUCAAAUCAAGGACAUCCCUCUAUAAUUAUAAUUUUGUGGUGGACAUCUUGUCAAACAGCACGUGGUUUGUCUGUGUAAAAUUAGAAAUAAAUAAAAAAAGCAUAACAGCAAGAAUUAAAAAGUUUAUCUUGUGAACUGAGGUACCAAUAAAUCUGACAGGGAUACUUUUAAUUACAUAGGUUACUUAAGUUUAAACCAGAAAAGCUGACUUACUUCUUUCUGUUACAAGCAGGAUACCUGGUUUUGGAAACAAUGAUUUAAUUGUUAUUAAUUAUCAUUAUUUGCUUUGAAUAUUCUUACUUUUCUUAUUAUUCUGUGUUGGAACUUAAGAAUAAACAGCAACGUGAAUUGUGAUUGACACUAUGGUGUAAACUUAUCUUCAUGAAAUAUUCACCCUUUGCAACAUACUGCUCGAUAAAAAUUCAUACAGGCUACAAUGUUGGAGUGAAUACAUAAUUUAACUCCUUAGAGAUUUCAAUAAAGAUCUGUAAAACUU